AUGCAGUCGGAAUCUCCCACGCACAGCAACGUCCCCUCGGAACCCCCUCGGAAAAAGCGAGCCAAAUACACUCAGGUCGCUUGUAAUGAAUGCAAACGGCGUAAAUUGAAAUGCAGCGGCGAGCCAACCUGUUCACGCUGCGCCCGUGAUGGCGUGUCAUGCAUUUACACGCCGAGUGCUUAUGCGUUGACCAACGCUGCGAGCUCUGUGGAGGAACCGCACGAUGAAGGGGUAUCUGCACGGUUCCAAUCAGUUGAUCGCCAAAUCGAGUCGCUUCAGCGCGAGAUGCGAGCGAUGGCGGCUCGAUUGCGCGAACUCGAAUCGUCUUCGCCGGGCAACAGUAAUGCAAACCAUCCCACUCUGAGGCAGGCUUCUAUUGGAUCAUCUCAAGCGCCAAACACUGGUCUCCAGCGUAUUAUGAAUCGGCCAAUGUCACCAUAUCACGUUGGACCCACGAGUGCGGAGUUCGGUCUCACCGCGCGUCGCAAGCCGUCGGAGGACGACGAUGAAUUCGAAUCCACUGCUGCACCGAGUCCCGUUGCAGCGCCUGAUGCGGAUAUCGCGACCCAUGAUCCACUCGGAAACCUAGGGAUGACGGAGGCUCUUAGGCUGGUGACGGUCUAUGAAAACGCGGUGGGCUUGAUGUACCCCUGUGUUGAUCUGGACAGUGUGCGGGCGUAUGUUGUCGAUUUCUUUCGAGAUGACUCUCGUCAGAUUCUGAGCGCGGAGGAACAAGAUUGGUUCUUUGCGCGUGAUGUCGAGGUGCUGAAAAUUAUCUUGGCAAUUGCUUUAGUGACGGAAUCGCAUGGGCGGAGUGGGCGAGCUGCGGUGUUGGCUGAGCGUGUUGAGGAUCGUUUUGCGACUCGCGUGAAUAUCCCCGAGGUUGACAUGAAAGAACUUCUGAUACUGACCUUGCUGGAAACCUGGUACAGAACAGGAGGUGUGUUCCCAGGGGAAUUGCAAUGGACGUGGGCUAGUCGGCUAUUUUGGUGUAUCUACGUGCUAGAUCGAAAAUGGUCCUUUGGCACCGGGCUUCCAUUCGCGAUCCAGGACACGGACAUGGACACCAACCUUCCGGAGCUGGGCACGGCCACGCCUUACCUGACUUGUAUGAUCUCAUACGCACGACUCAGCGGCAAGAUAUGGGGGCUUGUAGUCGGCUGGGGCAGUCGAUCGCGUGCAGCGACGUCGGAUUAUUGCUCCUACCUUGAUUUCCAAGUCCAGCAAUGGAUUCAAUCCAUUCCAGAGGAGCUACGGUUCGACCCUUCACGACAGCCUUCCCCUGACUCGGUACAGAACGAUAACAUGAUGAUGCUACAAGUUCUUCUUGCGCUGCAGGCGAACCAACUUCGGAUUCUAGUGUACCGCCAAAAUUUACUCGGUAGUGAGAGCAUCGAAACAAAUGUCUCCGGCGCAUCCAUCGCCGUCGAGACUGCAAAGAGUACGAUCCACAUGCUAGACUACUUCACUCGUGUUUCGGACAUCUACUUUCAGCGUCCGGAGCCGUUCAAUUACUUUUUAAUUUCGGCACUGGCCGCGCUGUUUCUUGCCGUGUUCCAUGCACCGGGUCGAUUCAGUAACGUCUGUCGCGCUGAAUUCUAUGCCGCCGUAGACAUGGUAAGGAAGUCAUCGACUCGGGCCAGAACAUCCAGACGACUACAGAAAAUCAUUCGCAGUCUGAAGUUGAUUAAGUUGAAUGUCGGGAAAUCGCCUUAUAGACACGGACAACCGCCGGAAAGCCUUGGCAAGGUCCUAUCUCGUUUCAGCCACGGGCAGCAUGACUCGAAUCCACCCACAUUGUCGCAGUCUCCGUUGCCCUCGUCGCACCAGCACCGGCCACCCGGUAUCCCGACUCCACAGCCUUCCACCUCCCUUUGGUCCGUGUCCUCCCCACCGGUUACGGCCCCAGUUAAUUUUGGCCACAACGACGAUAGCUGUGAUGACUUGACCAGCUUCUUCGAGAUGGCAGGAGGGCUCUACUUCGAUCCCAAGACGGGUCCCCCCGAGGAGGCACCUGCAUCCGAGGGCGCUAGUGCAGGGGUGGAAGGGGUCGAUGCGUUUCACGCUGAGAAUGAGGCGCUAACCCGUGUAAUGGCUGGCCUGUUAUAG